CCCCAACAGAUCUUUCUUUUGUCUCCUUCCACACUCUUCAUUCCUGGGAUGGUGAUGGCUUCCACACUCACUUUCCAAACACUUUCAAUUCUUCCUAACAAGCCACACCAUCAUCAUUCAACAAAACUUCAUCCACUUCCUCCGAUCUCUUCAAGAUUCAAUCUUUCAAAAGAUCCUCCCAUUCUCAACACACAAAAAAUAUUGGAUCAAUCCAGCAAUGUUCUCAAAACUGCCUCUCUUUCCCUCACAUCACUCGCACUCCCCUUCUUGUUAGACCAAAAGGAUGUAGCACUUGCUGUUGAUGGGGAGUUUGGUGUAUUUGAGGGAAGAACGUUUGCUCUCAUACACCCCAUUGUCAUGGCUUCUUUGUUCUUGUAUACCUUGUGGGCAGGAUAUUUGGGGUGGCAAUGGAGGAGAGUCAGGACUAUUCAGAAUGAGAUUAAUGACCUCAAGAAACAACUCAAACCUACACCAGUCACUGCAGAAGGUACACCACUAGAAGUGCCACCAUCUCAAAUUCAACUCAAAAUUCAGCAACUCACUGAGGAGAGGAAAGAGCUAAUCAAAGGCUCUUACAGGGAUAGGCACUAUAAUGCAGGAUCCAUACUUCUUGGAUUUGGGGUGCUUGAAGCUGUUGGUGGAGGAUUGAACACGUGGAUCAGGACAGGAAAGUUAUUCCCAGGUCCACAUCUGUUUGGAGGAGCAGGAAUUACAGUGUUAUGGGCACUUGCAGCAGCUUUGGUACCACCAAUGCAGAGAGGGAAUGAAACAGCUAGAAGUCUUCACAUUGCGUUGAAUACGUUAAACGUGCUUCUGUUUGUGUCUCAACUUCCCACAGGAUUUGACAUUUUACUGAAAGUGUUUGAGUUCACAAAAUGGCCUUGAAUUGAAUGUUCUCCAUCUUGCAAUCACCCCAAAUCCAUAUUUUAUAAUUACACUUUUUUUUUUAUCAAAGUGCAAAUGUGUGUUUAAUCAAAGUGAAGGAGUGUCAUUGUUAAUAAUUGAGAAAUCUUAGAGUAGUGAAAUUCAGAUUCAAACAAUAUAUUAUGUAAAUGUAAAUCGUUUUAUGUAUGUCGAUGAUAUGGUUAUGGAGCUAUGUUGUAUACUGUAAUA